AUGGAAUCUAAUGAUGAUAUUAUUCAGUCUAUUCUAUCCGGUAAUAUGAUCAAUCUCCCAUCCAAAAGAUCUCAAACUGUACGAGCGUUUAUUAGCUCUACUUUUACUGACACAAAACUAGAACGCAAUGCCAUCAUGAAGGAUAUCUACUCAAGACUUAAAGAAUACUGUCGAAGUCGUCAUGGAUUAGAUUUUCAAUUAGUUGAUAUGAGAUGGGGAGUUCGUGAUGAAGCAACCGAUGAUCAUAUUACAACCGAAUUAUGCCUAAAAGAAAUUGAACUAUGCCAGAAGAUCUCUAUUGGGCCUAAUUUUGUGACAUUAAUAGGACAAAAAUAUGGUUAUCGUCCAUUUCCUACUCGUGUAUUAUUAGAACAUUUUGACUGUCUUCGCCAAUCUAUGUUACUACAUCAAGAAUCCGUCCAGCUUCUCGAUGAAUGGUUUAAGAAGGAUGAUAAUGCAGUACCACCAGUUUAUAUUUUGCAACCUAUUUCAAGUCAAUUACUUCAUUAUAAUGACCCUUCAGAGCCGGAAUUACAAGCUAAUGAUCGAAAAGCAUGGUGGAAUAUCUAUUCUCAGUUGCAAUCAUCCUUAAAUAGAGCAGCUAAAAAAUUGAAAUUGAUAGGAAAAAUGGAUCAAAGAGUUGCUGAACAGUUUGAAAUAUCAGUUACGCAUCGAGAAAUUAGGCAAGGUAUUUUAGAUGUGGAAAAUUGCACAAAUGAUCAAUGUAUUUGUUUUGUCCGCAAAAUUUCAAAUCUUGAAGAAGAUUUAUCGAACGAUAAUGUCCCUGCAUAUAUUGAUUUAAUACAUGGGGAAAACGAGAUUAAUACAGAAGCUACCGAUUUACUUUCAUCACUUUUAAAUGAUCAAAUUAAAGAGAAAUUAAAUGAAUCACAAAUAUUUUAUUUUCAGUUGGAUUGGAGUCCAACUGGUAUUGAUCCUGAUAAUAAUGAAGAUCAUGAAGAUUAUAUACGAGAAUUUUGUGAAAAAUUUUAUUUAGUCAUGAUCAGAAUGAUUGACAAAGGCAUAGAGAAAAAUCAGCAAUUGCCAUUUGACGAUUCAUUAUAUGAAGAAGUAUUAGGACAUUUAUCAUUUUGCCAACAACAAUGUCAAUCCUUUCACGGUCGCCGCGAUAUUUUACAAGUUGUUGAAAGUUAUAUUGACAAGGGCUGUAGAGACCAUGAUGAAUCUAAUGAAACAUUAAAGAAAUCUCCAUUGGUUGUUUAUGGUGAAUCUGGCAGUGGAAAAACAUCUAUUAUGGCUAAAUGUGCCCAAUAUACUAAAAAUAAAUAUCCCAGUGCAAAUUUACUGCUACGUUUUCUAGGUACAUCGCCCGAUAGCUCAUCUAUCCGUAAAUUAUUAGCAUCACUAUGCAUUCAACUAAGUCGGUUAUAUGAUCAAGAUUUAAAUUGCAUUCCUAACGAGUUUAGCCAAUUAAUUGGUUAUUUUUCCACUUUAGUUAAUCGAAUACCUAAGGAUAAACCGCUUGUAAUCAUAUUAGAUUCGUUGGAUCAAUUGCUACCUUCAGACGGUGCCCAUCGAAUGUCAUGGAUUCCAAGAAUAUUGCCA